AAGUGUUGGCGGUGUUGAGUUUGCAUGCGCCCCCUAGGACUCAUUAGUCGCUGGGCCUGGCGGGCGGCGGGUCACGACUCCGAAACACUCUGGCACAGUGAAAUCUAACCCUCUGUUUAAAUACGGCAAGCACUUACUCACGGGGUCAGGUUGAAACUCUUAAUGCCUUUAUAUUAAUGGUGCACCACAGGACCGACCAAACCUCAUCAGCUAAGCAAGUUUUUCGAGAAGUUAAAGAACCAAAGCUUGCCAGAUUUUUAAAUCAUGUCGACUGAACUAGUGGAAGAUGAGUCUCAAUUUUAUUGCAAAGCCAAAAAGUACUGGAAAGAUGUCCCAGCCACUGUGGACGGAAUGCUGGGAGGAUACGGUCACAUAUCCAGUAUAGAUCUCAGCGGUUCCAAAAAGUUUCUGCAAAGGUUUAUUCGAGAUGGAUCACACAAGAUUGGAACAUCGUACGCUCUGGACUGUGGCGCAGGAAUUGGCCGGAUCACAAAGCGUCUUUUGUUACCCGUCUUCAAGUCGGUGGACAUGGUGGACAUUACAGAUGAUUUUUUAAGCAAAGCGAAGAGUUAUCUUGGUGAAGAUGCAAAACGAAUCGGGAACUUCUACUGCUGUGGCCUACAAGAGUUCACACCAGAGCCAAAUCGCUACGAUUUAAUCUGGAUACAGUGGGUUAUUGGACAUUUGACAGACGCUCACCUGGUGGAGUUCUUGAAGAGAUGCAAAUCUGGCCUACAGCCGAAUGGCAUUAUUGUCAUCAAAGACAACAUAACUCAGGAAGGUGUCAUCUUGGAUGAUGUGGACAGCAGCAUCUGCAGAGAUAUGGACGUUUUGAGAAAGAUCAUUAAACAGGCUGGCCUCUCUUUGUUGGCCCAAGAGAAACAAGAGAAUUUCCCUGAAGAAAUCUAUCAUGUGUUCUCCAUUGCUAUGAGAUAAGCUAUUGGAAAAUCGUUUCCAAGACUUGUCUGUUUUUUUUUAUUUUUAAAUUAAUAAAAAAAUAAUCUUAUGGUUCCUGAAAAAGAACAGAAAAAAAAAAAGAUAUCUGCAGCAUGCUGAAUCGCAAAAAUGUCUGGUACACUGGCCAAAAUACUGAAAAUAUGGAGCUCUGGGCCAGGAAUGAACUGAAAUGAGCCAAUAAAAGACUUCACUGCAACGUUACGGGCAGAGCUGGCACAGAUUUGUGUCAUAACAGGGGAGCAAUCAGUCGCUUGGCAGAACAUUAAGAAACUUAAUCCUGUAGAGCACUUUCUGCGUCCAGAUGUCCCUUCAGGACAAUGCGAAGCACUUAGCCAUACAAUACAGAGACCGUUUACUCAUUCCUGUGUUUAAACAAAUUUUAAAUGAAGAUGUUUGGACUUGCUUUUGUCUCUCUCCCCCCCCCCCCCCCCCCCCCCCCCCCCCCCCAAAAAAAAGAAAAUGUGCCAUUAUCUUGUCACUGUAAAAGAAAGGCUUAUUUUAGUGGGUCAGUCGUCAUUUGUAAAGCAAUGGCUGGCAUGCAUACAAGGUCAAUACAAAGAUUGAAAUUGAUGAAAAAUAUUUUAAUAUAAAUUAUUUUUCCUUUGCUAAAAUGUA